AUGGCGCACUGUCGUUCAAAUUCUAAUUUCUCUAAAUUACUAAGUGAUGGAAAGAAAUACCACUAUUCUAUUCUGUACAACCAUUUUGAAGGACCAUCCAGUAAAAGGCAAGGAGACUAUUUACUGGCUUGGGAUUUUUUAAAGGAUUUGAAUAAAAGGUUACGUGUAAAAGGAUAUGAUAAAGUAAUGUAUCACGAUAUAGCUAUACCCGGAAGCAAUAUUUUCGAUAAUUUAUUCAACAUGGUUAACGAAUCACAGAAAAUUGUGGUGAUUCUGACGACUGAAUUUUUACGAAGCGGUUGGCACAAAUAUUCUGGACAAGCUGCUAUUAAAAAACUUUUAGACAAAAACGAAUCCCAAACAAGGUUCAUCCCAAUUGCAAUAAACGUGGAUAUUGUUCCAGAUAACUUGGGGUUUUCACACACACUGGUUAUCUUCCACAAUGAUGCAGCAGACGAUGAUUUCUGGGAUAAGAUUUACCGGGCAAUGGGACCUAAGGAAGUACAUUUCGAACAGACUAGUGUAGAGGAAACAUCCAAGCCUAUUCAAUGUGGCGAUAAAUUGCCGGUAGAAAUAAAUAUUCCACAUGAUUCGCCGGAAAUUUCGCACAAUUCUGACGUAGAGGAAGAUGGUCUCAAAAGUAUGUCUAUUGAAGAUGAAGAUGAAGAUAGAGAACCGAGGGAGGAUCAAGAAAAUGGUAGAAUGAGUAGCGAAAGCUCAGCAGAACAACUUCCGACCGGCAGAAACCCGUCUCGUGACCUUGUAGAUGACAACAGUCAUGUUUAUUCGCCGAUGUCCAAUCUCGGGAACUUUACAGAAUGCACCGUUCGAGAUAAAGGUUUUCAGGAUUCGGGGAUAUCCAGAGAAACAAACCUCGAUCAGUCGAAACAAUCGCAAGUACUGAAAGAAGGUUCCAGUCUUACUAUUGAACCAAAUAAAGAAGGGACCAAUGCUACUAGCGAAUCAAAACCAGAAGGAACCAAUGCUUCUAGCAAACCAAAAGCAGAAUAUACCAUUGCUACUAACGAUCCAAGAACAGGCGGGGCCAAUGCUAAUAGCGAAAUAAUACCAGAAGAUACUGCCUUCCAAUCUCAUACACCUCUCAACUCCCCAACAACAAACAGUCCACCACGAUCCUUGUUCAAAAGAAUAAUUUCGCUAGACUGGAUAUUUGAUGGUUUGGAAUAAGUAGCCCACCUCAAUAAGAUGUUCACCAUUGUUUUUUGUUUUCUACCGGUAUCUUAAUAAGCCUUGGUCAUCCAAACACUUAGAAAACUUACAACAUGAACUGUAAUUUGACUAUAUUGAUUAUAAAAUACAAGUUGUCCUGACACUUUAUGAACUUUCAGGAAUCAUUCCCUGUAAUACAUGAAUAAUAGCGCAUAAUAUCGGUGAUGUUCAUUGAAAUAAUAUGAGAUUUGUAAUAUUUCUACCCAGGAUGUGAUUUUACUUUGCUGAUUGAUGAGCCUUAUGGUUGAUAUUUGACUGGUAUUCAAAAUGGGGAUUGUGUGGACCGAUGGACCUAUGGUAAAAAAUAGUUUGUGAUGUGCUGAAUUGAUCUAAAUGUGUUCUAAUUUGGACGAGUUGUCCUGACUAUAGUGCAAUUUGGCGUCCAUGUGAAUAACGUCAUAUAAUUUUUUGCCCAUAGGCCUACAAUAUGCGCCCAUUCAAAUAACGUUAUAUAUAUAUAUAUAUUUAUAAUCAUUUUUAUUUUUAAAUUUCAUUUGUUUUGGAAUAAAAUCUGGGGAAAUG